AUGCCUCACGCUACCGGUCUCGGGGCCACUGAGCCCGAAGACGUCGACUUCGAAAAUGUCAUGCGCCAUCUGAACGCCACCCCGGCUGAAGGUGGCAUGUCCUUUGAGUUUAUGGAGCGCGAACUCGAGCCGGGAGAGAAAGCCGACGAUGCUGUGGACUACGAAGAUUUCGACGACGAUGAACUGCCCGAGGAAGAAGAGAGGGCGCAGACCUCUGUUGAAAAUGCACUCCCCGGAGACGAUAAAGACAAAGGUCUUUUCGAAGCGGAAGAAGACGACCUGUUUGGCAGCCGUGAAGACGAUCAGCACGCUCCACGCGACGACGACCUUGACGACCUUUUCGGCGGUCCCUCGUCACCUGGGGCAGAGCACGUGGAUCAUACCAAGGAUCUAUUCGAGGAGGAUGAACAGCCACCAGCAGCGCCUGAGGCCGUCGAGAUGCCUGUUACUCAACCUGAGCCUGUGAAAAUGGAAGAAGAUGAGGAACUGCCUUCGGAUGAAGGCGCGAUGAGCCCGACAGGCAGCGACAUGGACCCGGCGUCUCUCCGCGCAUGGAAGCUUCAACAGGCCCUGUUCGCCAUGUCCGCCGUCGGUCCCGACAACCCCCCUGCUCCACCAGAAAAUGUUGAGGAGCUUUUGCUCUCGCUCUUCCCAAACUUCGAUCGGAAGGCUCUUCCUCGAUUUCUUGAACUCAUUCCCCAUAAGAAAGCCUUCUUCCUCGGAAAACAACCUCCGAAACCUCCGAAAGCCGUGCUGCCCAGCAAGGUCCACAUUGAGCUGGCUCAGGACCAAGAGAGGAGUUUCAAGUCAGGCGGUCAGGUGCAUAAGCGCUCACUUGAGCUCGACCACCUGGGUCUCGUUACCAUCACUGAGGCCGCCAAGGAAGAGGAAGAGGAAAUAAAGGAAGAGUUUGAUCUUGACGCUGAUAACGACGAAGAACUGCCGGGGGGCAUAACUCUAAAUGAUCUUCGCGUGGUCUGUACUGACUGGGAUGUUACCGACGAGGUCCUAGACGACGCCAUGGACUUGGACGAACCUCCAGUACAGAAUACCGCCGGAGAUGACGACAAUGAUUGGCUCCUUGAGACCACUCGCCCCUCUAAAAAACGCAAGCUCGGCCGAGAUCCUGCGGAUUUAAUCGCCCUCUCUCAUAUCGAAGUGCCGAUCAUCGAUGAUCCCGAGCAAGUCACGUCUCGGGUGGCUCAAAAGGUGACGAUUGAUAUGAACGACCCUAAUCUUCUCCUCGAUCAACGAGCGCCUGAGUCAGCCGCUCAGAAACAAAAGGCUCUGGGUUCCAUGAACCGGGAUGAAAUGGACAUCAAUGUCACGCGCCGUCUAGCCUCCAGAUACAACGUCUCCAAUGACCAGGCAUACGAAAUGCUCAAACAAAAUCACCAAAACAAGGUUCGAAGCACAUUGGGCAACGUCACGCUGGAACACAGCAUGCCGGCCCUCCGCUUGCAGUGGCCCUACUACAAGACGGAGCUCGCCAAAGCAGAGGCUCGGUCUUUCCAUCGACCGGCUUUGUCCUUCCGGCCUGGCCAAACGUGUUGGUUCAAGAACAUCAAUGUGUUCAAACGCAAGCACCAAAAAGGAAAGGAUAUCAAGUCUCUCUAUGAUUCUACCAAGUCACUGUCAUUGUCCGAUAAUUCAACCUCCCUUUUGGUUGAAUAUUCGGAAGAAGUACCUCUCAUGCUCUCCAAUUUCGGAAUGUCCAACCGCUUCAUCAAUUACUACCGCCGGAAAAGCAUGGAUGACCCGACACGUCCAAAGGCAGAGAUUGGCGAAACUGCUGUCUUACUUCCGCAGGAUAAGAGCCCAUUUUCGAUCUUCGGCCAUGUUGACCCUGGAGAGAUCACACCUGCUAUCUCAAACUCCAUGUAUCGUGCUCCCUUAUUCCAUCACGAAACCAAAUCGACAGAUUUCUUGAUCGUCCGUAGCAGCACCGGGUCGGGUGGCAGUGACUACUUUAUUCGAAACAUCGAUAACUUGUAUGUCGCCGGUCAACAGUUCCCGUCUGUGGAUAUUCCUGGUCCCCAUUCACGCAAGGUCACAACUGUGUCAAAGAACCGCAUGAAAAUGCUUGUUUACCGCCUGUUGAAGAAAAGCCCCGAAUUGAGGCUCUCAAUCAGCGAGGUGACCGCCCACAUCCCGGGAACGACUGAUAUGCAGAAUCGUCAGAAAGUGAAGGACUUCCUUCAGCACGACAAGGAUUCGAAGUACUGGGUGCCUAUCGAGCCAGUGCCGGAACAAGACGUUAUUCGGUCAUGGGUCCAACCUGAGGAUGUAUGUCUUCUGGAAUCCAUGCAAGUUGGACAGCAGCAUCUUAACGAUACUGGCUACGGAGGCGAGGGUGACAAUCCCAAUGCCCCUGGAACCGCAGGGGCUUCGGGUAAAGAUGACUAUGAAGAUGCGGAAGGUGAGAGUUUGGAGCAGCAAAUGGCUCCUUGGAAAGUCACUCGCAAUUUCCUUCUGGCCUCCCAGGGCAAGGCAAUGCUCAAGCUCCACGGAGAAGGUGACCCAACCCGUCGUGGUGAAGGUUUCAGCUUUAUCAAGACCUCCAUGAAGGGUGGCUUCAAGGCCAUUGGUGAGAGUGUGGAGGAUAAACUCGAUGCACAACGGCUCAAGGAGUUGGGCGGUCACAGCUACAAUGUCGCGAGGCAACAAAAAUCGUACGAAACGUCCAUUCGCCGAAUCUGGGACGCUCAGAAAGCCAGCCUGUCUUCGACCGUUGAGCAUUCGGAUGAGGAAAGUGAUAUUGAUCACGAAGAUGAAUUCAGCAAACCCACUCCACGUUCGGAGGCUCCCACGCCAGCUCCUCACGAUGACGCAACCAGCCAAUUCAGUAAGAUGAGUAUGGGCGAUCAGAAAGGUAAAGUCCUACGCAUUGUCCGUAGACUCGAAUCACUCCAACCGACAGGCGAUCCGGAAGUGGAUGCCCGCAACAAGAAACUCCUCGAGAACGAGCUCAGUCGCCUCAAUCGAAACAAAGAGCGCCGUUUCGCUCGCGAGAAGCAGAAAGGUGUCGCCAGAGCAUCGGCUGGCGACUCCCCAGCCGACGGAGCCCCUGGUGGCAGCGGCAAAGGCGCAGGCACCCAGCGCAAAUGCGCCAACUGUGGUCAAGUUGGCCACAUCAAGACCAACAAAAAAGGCUCAAACACCUCGGAAAAGAAGAGCGAGGCCAUCUCAAGCCCCUUCCUCGAUCCCUCCCUCAACUCCGCUCGUGGCUUCUACUGCAGCCAACAUGGCCCCCAACCCCUCCACUGCCCCCCAGGAUCCCGCAGUGAAGAAGCCGUCCCGGAAAUCAAAGAAGAAACAACGCUGACAUCUGCCCUCUUUGGCACAUCCUACAGACUCUGUCCCCUUCUCAACGGCACGAUGAAACCCGAAGAUCGUAUGAGCGACUCCGCCUUCGCGAUGGGCGCUCCCCCGGCCAUAUAG